AUGUCACGGUCUUCAGAUGUGGUGAGUUGUUGUACGAGGAAAAGGAAGAGAAGUGGUGGUGGUGGUGGAGAGAGGGUUUUUCGGUUCAAGAGUUUCGGGCAAAAGGGUUACCCGAUUGAGUUUGAUGGAUCGUUUAGGGAGAAUGUGGAAGCACUGGUGGAGGUUGGAAAUGCGGAGAGCGUUUUGUGUAGUAACAUUAAUGGGGUUGGGACGAUGAUGAGGAGUUGGUCGUUUCAGCUUGAAGUCAAUCGUCACCCUCCGUCCCAUUUGUUCUUGUUCGUCUUAGAAGAGUUGAUUGAGAAGUUGGUUGACCGGCAUUGCAAGUAUUGCCAAUACACAGGAUGGGGACACCAUUUGGUGUGCAAUAAGAAGUAUCAUUUUGUGUUGCCAUCCAAGAACACAAUGUCAGCCUUCUUGGAUUGCAUAGAUCAUCAUCAUCUAAUGACUUCAACAAAUAAAAUAAAUAAUAACUAUAAUAGUUGCAAGGGUAAAUUGAUCAAUGUUAUGGAAUUACAAGAUCACAUCAUGCACGGGGUCUUUCACUCAAAUGGAUUCGGGCAUUUACUUUGCCUUAACGGAUUGGAAGCUGUUGCUGGCUCCAAUCUCUCUGGCCGCCAAAUCAUGAACUUCUGGGAUCAUCUCUGCAAUGCCCUUCGAGCCAGGAAAGUGAGCUUGAAUGACAUUUCAACAAAGAGGGGCAUGGAAUUGAGGCUAAUGCAUGGGAUUGCCUACAAAGCUCCAUGGUUUGGUUCAUGGGGAUACAAAUUCAGCAGGGGAAGUUAUGGUGUAAUUCAACCAAUGUAUGAGAAAGCCAUAGACACUCUUCGAGCUAUGCCCUUAUGCAUUUUAGUUCACUACUUGGGAAGUUCCAAUCACGACAUCCCAAUAAUCUUCUCAAGGUACCAAAUGUUGUCAGACCAUUCCUUAACAACGCUAGGCGACAUGUUCCAGUUCAUGUUGGAGCUUAAAACCCGGAUGGCAGAAGAGAACCUGCUAGAUUCAUACACUGGUCCUGGGAUGUUUGUUGAACAAUCGUGUCGGUGGUCACCCAAGAGGAUUGAGAUGGCAACUCGAGCUAUAGUCGAGGCACUGAAGAGGGCAGAUUUCAGGUGGGUCUCGAGGCAAGAAGUUCGAGAUGCUGCUCGUAUAUACAUUGGAGACACAGGGUUGCUUGACUUUGUGCUGAAAUCUCUUGGGAACCAUAUGGUGGGGAACUACCUUGUUCGUCGAUGCUUGAACCCGGUUACUAAAGUGCUAGAGUACUGCUUGGAGGAUGUUUCUAACAUAGUCCCCACCCAGGACCCGAAGGUGAAGACGACAAUACAUCAGUAUAGAAUGAGCAAGUCUCAAUUGAUGAAGGAUAUGUUGUACUUGUACAAGCACAUUCUAAAGGACUAUCCAUCAUCACUAGUAAAGCAACAGAGUAAUGUCAGCAACAAUAACACUAACAAGGUGAACGUGGGGAUCUUGAGUGUGGUGCCAACAGCUGUUAGGAUCAUUUUAGAUGCCAAGUAUUUUGCAAAGGAGUACCAUGAAGAUCAACAUCAAGCAAGGGUUGAAAUAGGAAGCGAAGAUAAACUGAGUGUAUAUUGCACUAUCAUGCUCCGAAACAACAACAUAAACAUUGAAGGAACAACAACAACACUCCCACCACUGCUACCACCAUUUGAGUGUGUUCGUUUGAGGAGAAGCGCCACAUUCAACGAGCUUAUGGUGGAAGUGGAAAAGAUCUUUAGGGACUUGUACUGGGGAAUGAAGAACUUGAUCUUGGAUUCUGUAGCAAACUUGGAAGCCAAUGGGAAGGACUUGGUGUUUGGGCAAGUUGAGGUCGGUGGGAAAGUGAUAUUUCAAGGGAGUAAUAAAGGAGGGAUUGGGUUUAUGAAUCAUCAUCAAAACGAGGAGAUGAUGUAUUAUGAGGGUGGAUCAAAUUGGAACAAAGUUGUGGUUUGUGGAUGUGGAGCAAGAGAGGACGAUGGGGAGAGGAUGGUGUCUUGUGACAUUUGUGAGGUUUGGCAACACACUAAGUGUGUUGGGAUCCCUCACCAUCAACCAACCCCACAAAUUUUCCUUUGUAAGAGGUGUGAGAAUGAGAUUGUGACACUUCCAGCUUUCCCAUAA